CUCCCGGCAGCCAAAUAAGGAAAUGACGUAGUGCAUGUGCAGAGAUGGUCCCAAAUAGAAAAGUGAAACGGUGACACCGGGAGAGGGUUGCUGAAGGCAGAAGUGGGUGAGGGGCCUGAGCUGACUCAAGACCAGGAUGGGUGACAUAGCGGAAAAUGAGACGACCUUCUACUCCAAUGCAGAGGACUACUGGAAGGAGGUUCCCCCCACAGUGGAUGGCAUGCUAGGAGGCUACGGCAGCAUCUCCAGCAUUGAUAUCAAUGGAUCAAAGGCGUUCCUGCAGAAGUUCCUCGGUGAAGGAGAGGGGAAGACGGGCACAAGCUGUGCUCUGGACUGUGGAGCAGGCAUCGGGAGGAUCACCAAACGUUUGCUGCUGCCUCUGUUCAACACCGUGGACCUGGUGGAUGUGACACAGGAGUUCCUGGAUAAAGCCAAGACAUACCUGGGAGAGGAGAGCAAGAGAGUGGGCAACUACAUCUGCAGCGGUUUGCAGGAAUUUGUACCAGAGAGUGGCCGCUAUGAUGUCAUCUGGAUCCAGUGGGUCAUUGGUCACCUGACAGACAACCACCUUGUGGAGUUUCUGCGGCGCUGCAAAAAAGCUCUGCGGCCCAACGGCCUUAUUGUGAUAAAGGACAAUGUGUCAUAUGAGGGUGUGGUCCCGGAUGAAGUGGACAGCAGUGUCUGCCGCGACCUGGAGAUUCUUCACAGUCUGGCAGGCCAAGCAGGCCUUCGCAUCGUCCAAGAGGAGCAGCAAAUGAAUUUCCCGAAAGAGAUCUACCAAGUCCACACACUGGCUCUCAGAUAGAGGACUGUUGCCUUGUAUGCAAACAAAAUGUUUCUAAUGUGGAAAUUGUGUUUUUUCUAGUCAGCAAUCCAGUUAGAAUCUUUUGGGAAAUGAUCUGCAUUUAGAUGUGUUUGUGGAAUGUGUGUUGCUGGAUCUUUGCUAGUCCACCAGGCCAUUAUUCCUCCAUCUCAUGAACUUUUGCCCCGUCUCUGUUCACCAUGGACAGAUUCCAGCAUGUUAAUUGUGUCAGUGUGAUCUCCAGUGAGAAUGCAGGUCAAAGUUCGCUUCAGUUGAACUCCAGCUGUGUGGGCCCAUACAAGCUCUGCUGCAUCGUGUGUCUAAAUGAAGUCAAUCAUGUCAUCUCCACCGUUCAGUCCUACAGGCUGUCAUCACUUUGCUCAUCAUUUAUUUAUUAUCCACUUUAAGCAUCACAUCCUUUAUCUGAGCUGAGUGUGGGGCAGUUUCACUGCCUUUGUGUCAACUUUCUUUCAGCUGCGUCCAUUAGAAGUGUUUCAGGUGUGAAGCAUUUUUAAGCUUCCAGCGUUGUCAAGAGUUGUUUAGAUUCCAUGUUUUACAGCUUCUUGUAAAUAUUUUUGCAGCUCAUUUCUGAACAAUAUUGUGGUUAUAUUUGACUGGUUUUAAUGAACUUAGGUUUUUUGGGCCCCCAUCCCAAUCCCAGUCUUUUAAUAUUGAAGAUGUGAUUAAAUAUAUCUGAUACAUUGUAGUAACAGCUGAAGCCUGCGUCAUUGAACCCUUCUUGUUUUUGAUCUUAUACUGAAGUCCUGGUAGCUACAGACGAGACUUGUCACUCCUACAGAAACACACAGAAGUGUUACACUGCUGCUUUUACAAAAUAAACCACCAAUGCCCAAAUAUUCAAACCCUGAACCUGGCAUGUUCUGCCAUUCCUUUUAUUUGUGUUUUU